AUGCGCCGUGAAGCUGUUGAAGCUUCCUUGAGCACUUUACCUUCAAACAGCUUUGAUACCCAUCUCACCUCUCGUCAGCACACCAGUCCCAAGAAGAAAACCUCCUCCAGAUCAAACAGACCCCAGCCAGCCACCUCCAGCUCCAGCCGAUCAGAACCCAAAUCACAAGAAUAUUUCCGGAGUGCUAUCACCGCCAAACGGAAAAAACCCAGAGCAGCUCCCUACCCCAAGAAGAAACCAAUCCCAGCGGUUCCAAAGGAAACAAAGUAUUCUCCAUCACCCAAACUCCGACUCAUUGACUGUGGAUUGGUCUUAUACAAAGGAAAAAAACCGGCUAAUGAUCCUUUGCUAUUCAACAUCAAACAAACAGUGAAUAUCAAGAAUCCCAAUCUCUUUGAAGAACUAAAACGACAGCUCUUGGUCAAAUUUACUCCGGAGAUCCUUGAAUGCAUUUCUCUGGAACAACUUCCUCGGGACGUUGAACAAAAUCUUAGCCUCCUCCAUGGAAAGAGUCACCUGACCGAUUUAGACGCCUUACUAUUUGUUGUCCACAAGUCCACUGACAAGAAGCCAGUGCAAGUCGACUUAGCGUACCAAUAUCGCUCAAAGGAAAAGAAAACUGAUCCAAUAGAAGAUGGCAAUUUGGAGAUUACUGAAGUCCAAACAAGAAAGAAGACCUCUGCCCAAACAAAAUUGCAAAAGAUUCCAUCUGAUUUAGAAGAUGACAAUUUGGAGAUUAGUGAAGUCCAAACAAGAAAGAAGACCUCCUCCCAAACAAAAUCACAAAAGAUUCCAUCUGAUUUAGAAGAUGGCGAUUCAGAGAUUAGUGAAUUCCUAGCAAGAAAGAAGACCUCCGCCCGGCUGAAAUCACAAAAGAUUCUGUCCGAUUUAGAAGAUGACGAUUCAGAGAUGAGUGAAGUCCAACCAAGAAAGAAGACCUCCUCCCAAACAAAAUUGCAAAAGAUUCCAUCCAAUUAUGAAUCAUCUGAUUCUGAUCAAUCCACGUUGCCAACACAAUUGGUCGCCAAAUCCAAAAACACAGCAAUGUCGUCUGACCAAGAAUUGCAGGAAUAUCCCUCCCAUGAAACUGAAGUACCUAGAUCCAAGACUACUUGA